CUCUCCUCCGUCCCCUUUUGCAAUCUGCUCCGAGCCCAGCGCUGGGCAUCAUCUCCUGGGCUUUCGGACCUUUCUCAGUGCCCCUGAGGGUGGCAUGGGCACGUGGCCCUUUGGCCUGGCAUCGGGAGACUUCAGAGGAAGGCUGACUGCGGAGUCAGAAGGACUCCAAGCAAGGGCAACAGGAUCCCUUCUUCAGCGUCACUUUUGCCCACCCUUGGCACUGCCAACCGCCUUUAAAGAGCUGCCGUCGGAAGAGCAACAAAAAAACUUUUGCACCUGGUUUUCUCUCUAGAUCAUCCCUUCCCAUCGCGUUCUUUUGGAAACCUGUUGGGUCUUGGCUGCCAAGCUCUUCAUGGUGCCCACGAAAUGCUGCCUCCUGUGCCACCCUUUCAUUUGGAGAAUCCAGAGAUCCAUCUUGCCUGGACGUUACCUUUUCAUGCAGCUGCCUUUUCCUUGGUUUCCUUUUAAGAAAAGCCUUUUUCCCUAGAAAAUCCUCCUCCCUGGAUUUCAAGGGGUCUGUUUUGAUUCUGACUGACUGCCAUCUGCCUCAUCAUGGAAGGGAAGGAUGGAGCCAGAGUCAGCCUGGUCCUCAAUGCCAGCCUUGCCCCCACCUUGAAGGCCGAGCUCCUCCUGUGCCCAGUGAACACAGACUUCACCCAGUGGUUCCUGCCUGCCUUUUACCUGGUGGUCUCCCUGAUGGGGCUUCUGGGGAAUGGGCUGGGCUUGUGGAAUCUGUGCCUCACCUCUCGGAAGAGCGGCUGGAACGCCCUGGGUGUGCUGGUGUGCAACUUGGGGGUGGCAGAUUUGCUGUAUGUGAUCACUCUGCCCUUCCUAGUCUCCUACUAUCUACAGGGCCGGGUGUGGGUCUUUGGCCCAGGCUGGUGCCGCUUGACCCGGCUUCUCUUCCAUCUCAACCUCUAUGCCAGCAUUGGCUUUCUGACCUGCGUCAGUGUCCACCGUUAUCUGGGCAUUGUUCACCCUCUGAGGAUGCUGGGCAGAUGCCAGACCCUCAGUCCAUCCAUUUCCCUCAGCAUCAUGGUUUGGGUUUGGGUCAUCAUCCAGCUGUCUCCGGAUUUCAGCUUCAGUAAAAUGGACCAGGCGGGGGUGAGGUGCCAUGACACAACACACCAUGAGAACCUGGAUACUUACAUGCCAUAUAUCUUGACCAUCACUGUAACUGGCUUUGUUGUCCCUUUCCUCAUCAUCACCGGAUGCUACUGCCGUGUGGUCAUGGUCCUUUGGAGGAAUCAAAAUGUGGACCCCGUCCUCAAGCGUAGGAGUAUCACCUUGGUGGUGCUGGUGUUGGUGCUUUUCUCGGUCUGUUUCCUCCCCUAUCACAUCUUUCGGAACCUGAACUUGCAGUCCCGCAGGUGGCAACUCCAGGGGUCCUGCUCUCAGACUUUAAGGAACAUCUAUGUCUCCUACCAGGUGACCCGAGGCCUGGCCAGCCUCAAUAGUGCCCUGAACCCUCUGCUGUACCUGAUGGCCAGCGAGGACCUUGUGGUGCGAUUGAAAACUUUUGGUCAAACCAUUGGACGGGCCCUGAGGUUUCUUUGGCCAAGCCAAGCCCAGCAGCACUUGGGUCAAAAGAAAUCAAGCAUUAUUCUGGAGGAGGAAUGUGAGGAGGUGUCAGAUGAUCUUUGAGCUGAUUCCUUCUUUUUGUUUUCCACCUAUAUGUGUGUGUAUGUGCUUUCCCUGUCAUUUGUUGAUGUAUGGUAUACCCAUAAAUUUCAUAGGGUUUUCUUAGGCAUCCAUCCAUUUCCCUCAGCAUCAUGGUUUGGGUUUGGGUCAUCAUCCAUGGAGUCGUGUUUGCCGGUAGGACUGAGGCAAAUCUUUGAAGCACUACAUAAAUGAUUAAAAGCUGUGAGCAAAGAUAACAGUGGGAUGAGCAUGAUACUUGUGUGUCAGCAGAAUAGAAGAGCUUAUCAAAAUGUAAUAUUGCUGAGUUUGAUAACUCUCCACCUUUAUACAGUUAUUUGUUCAGUUUGAUAGCCCUGCACCUGCUUAUUCAUGAUAUCUUUUUUUUACACUGAUUUGAUAGCCAAACACCUGUCUGUUCCAUUGUAUGCCUAUUCUGUAUGGCUGGAGUCCUCUGCAUUUAAAAUCAGUUUUUUUUAGCAGCCUAGUGCACAGAACUGCAAACACUUUAAGUAUAUAUGUGCGUAAUAUCACUUGUUUGCAUAGGUAUGUGUGUGUGAGGGAGAAAGAAAGAAUGAGGCGGUAAGACUCAAAGGAGAGGGGAUAUCCAGAUGCCUUUAGUAUAACACCUGUCUAUCUGUAAAAAUGUCUAUUUCUCAUUCCUAGGGAUAGCAAGGCUAUUUAAAAUGGCCAUCAGUAUUAGUUUAGGAUUUGAUAUUUGUCUUGACAUUUCCUGAUCCUCAUUCCCUUUAGGUUAUGAAUGAACAACAUAGACAUUUAGAAACAAAGGUGCUGUGUAAAAAUCUUUGAGCAAUAGAAACAUGUGGCUUUGUUCUUGAAAGAUACAGUGUCACACUCCAUGAAAAAAUAUAGAUAGUGUGUUCUGAAAUAUGUUUUGGAGUGACUAUAUUGGUAAUGUUGUUUAAUGACUAUUAUACUUGUCCCUCCACAUUUGCUCAGGUUAGGGGCACAGGACCCCCAUGAAUGUGGAAAAAUCACAAAUAACAAAAAUACUAUGUUUUUACCUCUCUAGGAAUCUCUAGGUCCUCCAGUGCAACUCUGUGGUCAACAUCUGCCAGACAUUGACCAUAGAAUUGCACUGGAGGAGCUACAAAUGCUUAGUGGAGUGUUCUCUAGGAAUCUCUAGGUCCUUCAGGGCAACAUUUCAUUCAAGUUGACCAUACAUUUGUACUGGAGGAUCUAGAGAUUCCUAGAGAGAACAUAUUAAUCAAAUCAGUGAAUAAUCAAAUCCUCAAAAGUCAAAGCCACAAAUGUGGAGGGACAAGUGUAAUAUAAAUGCGAUGAUGAUGAUGAUGAUGAUGAUGAUGAUGAUGAUGAUGACAACAAUGACAAUGGUUCUAGAAACAGAUAGCUGUACUGCUUUUUUAAAAUAAAUUCAUACAAAUUCUUUUGUUGUGUAUAAUAAGAUUUAAAGUCAGAAAUUAAAGGUGCAGUCCUGUGAUCCAGAGACAGUGUCCCGGGGCAAUAAGAUUGACUAGAUCUUCUCUGUGGAGAUAAUCAACAAUGAACUCCAUUCAGAAAGGGAGAUGCAGAUUCCCAUUUCUGGUCCUUAACCAGGCUUUUAAGUUUCCUCACAAGACCAAAAAGAAAAGGAGGAAAAAGUGUUUUUGGCCUCUAGUACUGACAAUGAACUCACUUGAACUAUGGCUCCUCAGUCUCCAAAUCCCUACCCACCAAACCCAUCAAAUUGGAGAGGAGGUAGUCUAACAGUAGUUCCACCUACUGAUUACAAUGCAAAGGUUUCUUUUAUACUGGUGAAAAACAAACCUCUGUAAGGACAGGGCUGAAGAACAGCUUUAGCAAGAGGAUGGAAGAAUAUGAGACUUCAGCAUUGAGACAAAUCAUCUUUCUGCUCCUUUCUCCUUUAGACUGUACACUAAAUAAGUUUUGUGGUGGUUACAGACACACUACAGAGGCUGCACUUAGGAUAAACUAGUGAGUACUUGAGAGAUGUGCUGUCAUAAAAAGAAUUAAACUAGGGACCUCUAGAGCUAAAGUUGAUAAUAAGGGCUGACAUGCCAUUAACCUGUGUUCUGCUGAGAAAAAACAUAGCAACCACCCAGGAGCCCUUUCACAGUAACUAACUAUAGUACUGGAUUCCACUUUAAUGGCUGUAGCUGAAUUCUAUGGACUCCUGGGGUUUGUAGUUUGGUGAGGUUGUUGUUGUUGUUGUUGUUUUUGUUGUGUGCCUUCAAGUCAUUUACAACUUU